AUGUCCGAACAGGCCUGGAAAAAUAGGUACGAUCUCCCUUUCCUUUGCCACUCAAGUGCCCCACCGUCGGGGCAUAAGCGCCCUCUUGCUACCCAUAUGCGAGGCACCGUCUUAGCCUUCCCUAACCAGGAUCGCUCCCACACCUGUAGCGUUCGUGAUCGGCCUACUCAACUAUGUAUCGAUCGAAAGGCAGGGCGGCACAGCCGCCCCCAAGGGAGUGGUUAUGUCCAGUAUGUCCCCCCUUAUUUUAUUCCCGACAUGCUAUGGUACCCCGGGGUGGGUAGGAGCGGGUCGAGUCCGUAUCGCCGCGAAGCAACAGCCGCGUCCGGAUCUGAUCUAUCUACUCGGCAAUUCAUCCGGUGA